CAUGAGCAUCCUCCAGUGUUGCUGUUGGACCACCCCAAACACCUCAUUGGUAGCCAUGAUGAACACACCCAACCAUGGCCACAUUUUUUUCUCCUUCUUUCCUUUUUUUAAUACAUGUAUGAGUGCGUUAACAAAAAGCUGCAUUAAAGAGGAAUAUGACCCAGUGUCGUGCAGACUGACAGACAGACAGACACAAUGGCAGUGACAGUAGCAGGAUGCUCUCCUCUUGCUGCAUGUGGCCUUUGAACCCAUUGUUGUGUCGCGGGUGACGUCAGUGCCGUGUGCGGGAGACGGAGUGGCGUGCGCCUGGCGAGACAAAGGCGGCGGACCGACCGGGGUCAGGCAGCAGCACGGAGCCCAGAAUCACUGUUUUUUUUUUAACUAAAAGGUAACCGCUAACCUUGGAUUUCAGCCGCGGUCUCCACGGCGACACGCAGUAUGAGGAGCCAGUGACACUCCCGUGGAUAUGCUUUGACUCUCCGGCAAGGGAAAAAACAACGGUGCCCUCUUUUCGCUUUUAAACGGUUUUUCUCCUACGCCCCCCAUUUAGCUUGCUAGUUAGCCAUCCCGCUAGCUGGUAGCGCCGCACAGCUCAGCUCUCCUCCUCCCGGCUGCUUCUGCCUCAACAACUGGACGACACGCGAAGAAGAGGAGCUCGUCGACAAAAGGCCAGCCAAACAGAGGGUGAGCUCACUCCCAAUAAAACAGGCAUCCGUGAUCUGAUGUGAGAUCCACGGAGAGACUAUGCCUAGCCCUUUAUUCCACCCCGAGAUUAUGGAGCACGACGUGGUGAUCAGCAGCCAGCACAACGGGGUCGGUCUGCCCCGAGAGACAGACCAGGAGUCCCGGGAAGAAGACCACCAAGAGGCGCUGCGCUUCGCCCUGGACCAGCUGUCACUCAUGGCCCUGGAGAAGGUGGAUUGUGGGGGCGGCGGCGGCUCCGGAGGCAGCGGGCUGGUCGACACCCUGGAUGGGAACCAGGGUCCGGGCUCCGAGAGCUGCAACGGCGUGGGUGGAGGGGGCUACGUGGAUCUACAGAUGCUGGAGCAUCCCAGCGGGUCGCGGGACUCGCCGACGUCCUGCUCUCCAUCCCCGGAGUACUACGGCUCAGGCGGGUACCACAUGGCCGGCUCGCACUCCAUGCUCCACGGGGAACAAAGCUCCGUCCUCUGCAGCAGGAAAAGAAGUGUCAACAUGACCGAAUGUGUGCCUGUGCCCAGCUCCGAACAUGUGGCCGAGAUAGUGGGCAGACAAGGUUGUAAGAUCAAGGCCUUGCGUGCCAAAACUAACACCUACAUAAAGACUCCAGUCAGAGGUGAGGAUCCGGUCUUCAUCGUGACCGGGCGCAGGGAGGACGUGGAGAUGGCCAAGCGUGAAAUUGUAUCUGCAGCGGAGCAUUUCUCUAUGAUCCGGGCAUCCCGUUGCAAAGCUGGGGGGCCUGGAGGAGGAGGAGGAGGAUCUCUGCCUGGACCACCACACCUGCCAGGACAGACCACCAUACAGGUGAGAGUUCCCUACAGAGUAGUUGGUUUAGUUGUUGGACCAAAGGGAGCAACUAUCAAACGCAUCCAGCAGCAGACUCACACCUACAUCGUGACACCCAGUCGAGAGAAAGACCCGGUGUUCGAGGUGACCGGGAUGCCAGAGAACGUGGACAGAGCGAGAGAGGAGAUCGAGACCCACAUCACCCUGCGAACUGGAACCUUUGUAGACCUGCAGGGAGACAAUGACUUCCACACCAACGGCACCGAUGUCAGUCUAGAAGGCCUCGGCUCCCUGAGCGGAGGGCUGGGGGCGUCUCUGUGGUCCAGGGCUGCAAGCCACCACUCGGCACCUCCUCCUCCCCCACCCUCCCCACCUCCUUCUAUCCCCAUGUCCAUGCACCACUCGUCCAGCCGGAAGAUGUCCUCAUCAGUCGCCUAUCACACGCACAACGGCAGCAUGAGCUCAGACAACUUCAGCGCCGCCCGAAAGGCCAACGAGGGCGGCAGCCCCACUAGCCCUUUUAGCACAGGCUCCAGCAGUGCUGGAGGAGGAUUCACUUUUGGGGGCGACUCCACCCCAGGACUGCCUUCCUCAGAUGAACUGGGCUUUGAGUUCAGUGCUUCCAACAUCUGGGCACCUUUCGUCAACGGUGGAACAGGCAACAAGACGGCCGGCUCCUCCCAGCAGCAGCAGCAGCCUCUACGCCGCAACAGCAGUGGCCUCAGCGGCGGCGCCAUCACUCCACGAUUGUCUCCAACUCUGCCUCAGGACACGGGUGUGGGCCCUCUGGAUCAUCCACUGGCCCGUCGUGCCCAGAGCGACCCCCUCAGCACUCUCUCAUGGCUGCAGUCCGGCAGCGCGGGAGGCGGCUCCUUCUCCGGGGCGUCCAGCUCCAGCUCCGGCGGCUCGUCGACCGGCUACUCCUCCUGCUCGGCCUCCUCCCUGCCCGGCGGCUCGCCCACCGACUCGGAGGGAGGCAGCAGCGGCGUGGGCCUCAGCUCUGGGAUGCUGAGCCGACUGAAAAGCGGCUCCGGUCCCGGGGUUGCAGGUAUGGUUGGCGUCAGCCCCGGCGUCAACAGGGACUGCUUUGUGUGUUUUGAGAGUGAGGUGACAGCAGCCCUGGUGCCUUGUGGCCACAACCUGUUCUGCAUGGAGUGCGCCGGGCAAAUCUGCCAGUCAGCUGAGCCAGAGUGCCCCGUCUGCCACACUCCAACCACACAGUGCAUCCGCAUCUUCUCUUAAUGCCCUGGGCAACUGGGGUGGCGGUGGGGGGUAAAUAAUUGGGAGGGUGGGGAUUGGAAGGGUACCGGAGUGGGGCACCAGCUGUGGCGGAGGCAAUGGAAGGAUUCACACUAAUAACCUUCACACACAUGAUGGACCAUAAUAAAUGCAUUAAUAGAGAUGAUGAUACUAUAAGGAUGUUGAUUUAUUGCUGAUAACUGUCAAGAUUAAUAAUAACAAUAAUAAUAAUAAUAAUGACAAUGACUUAUUUUCAGAGCAAAGUUAAUUGAACUGAUCUGCAGACAGUUGGGGCUCAGACAGUCUCUCGGUGGUGAACUUAUGGAAGGAAACUAGUGUCUUAUCUCUCUUCAGGCCUUCAUUUUGACCCGGACCAGCCCGCUCUGCUGGCUGCCGGUCCGUCUCGACAUUCUUCAUUCUGGCUUCUUCAGAUUUCUGCCUGCUUUCUCUCUCACAGCCUUUCCUUUUGACACUUUUGUACUUAACAGAUAUUUUUCGAUGAAGCUGUCAACGAGGCCUGCACUUUUCUACUCCUAAUUUUAAUGUCCUUGAUUGGGACGCGACCCGUUCCCAACAAAAAAAAACAAAAACCUUUUCUCUUGCUCUCACUCAUGCUGUCGGUUGUGACACGAAGCAACAAGGUUCCUCUUUUUUUCUGUAAGCUCGGAACGUUGUUUUAUUUUUGUUAAAAAAAGGUCGGCAUGUUGUCAGGCACCUAGCAGAACAAUACACCCAAGGGACCUCUUAAGGAUGUUUCUCGUUGCCACAUAAAAUUUAGCCAUGACUAAGUAAGCCAAAUGAUUGCUAUUAAUAGACAUCUCUGAAUUCUUCGAUUCCGUAAUAUGUUGGAUGAAAUUGGAUGAGUCUGACCCACAUUUCAGAAUGUGGCGGUUGCACUGAUUCACAUGAAUUCUCCUUUGAUAGGUGAGAAACGUACCGUUAGUGAUUCUGAGGGAAUGUGUCUCUGUACGUUUGUAUGUUUGGGCUGCCUGACAAUCCCUUUACAUCUAUCUCUCUCUUUCUUGUGUGUGAUUGUGUGUGUGUGUGUGUGUGUGUGUGUGUGUGUGAGAGAGAGAAUAAUGCCCACUCAUGCUGUUCUUCAUCACCACCAUGAGAAGGUUUCUGGUUUCUGUCCCUUCACUCUCAUAGUCUUAAAGCGAGGCGAUGACGCUUCGAUCCAUCCACACACGAGACGUUUUCCCGUGUCUGUUACACUUAGAUCCGCUUCUUUUAGCGUUUUCUACUAGUUAUUGACUCUUGACUGUCAAGUGUGUGGCUACCAGACGUAUUUUGAACUCUAGGAUAAGAUAGGGCUUUUCUGAUGUCACACGAGAAUGUUUUUGUCCAAUAAGGAGACUGCUGCUCCUCACACAUGAACUAAUAACGAGGGGCUUGAUUGAACCUUUUAUUUCCCCUCCUCCCAUGCACUGUAAACCCCCGGCCCCUCUAAAAGAAAGAAAAGGAAAAAAAGACGCAGCUCUUACUGUUUUUGUUCGGUUCGGUCUUCCACCUGUUUGUCGCGGCGAAGCUGUACGGCACUAUCUCAGACAACGGUUGCGUUGAGAUUCGUCCUGUGUUUCAUAGCAUUAUCAAGUAACUCCAAGGAGGCGGUUACAUCUUGUUUUGUGUUUGUGCUUUGUUGUUUUUCUUUAAAAAGUCUGUGUGAGUUUGCAGUAGCUGCCUCUUCUAGUGUUAAAACUCUACGUAUGAUUGGGGGCGGUGUGACGGUGGCCCUAGAACGAGACAAGCCAUGACGAAAAAACGCCACACCUAAUUCUCAAGGGCUUCCUCUGACUGCACAGACACACGAUCACGUUUUCAGGCUCACACAGUAGGAAGAAUCAACUUAUCCUUUAUGGCAGCUAGUUGCUAGGUCAUCCAGGGCUUCCAGACACUUGUUGUGUUCAAAUCCCAGCAGCUGCAGAAUGUUUUGCGUGUUUUGUUUUUUUUCUCUAAUUGCACCCUACACAGUCAUCACAUUCAGAUCACAGUGGAGGUUCUCACAGAUCAGGACGGGUUUGUUGUGGGGUUGUUUUUGUUAUCACGGGUGACUCUAAUGAGUGGGUAACUGGGCAGUCGCUGCUGCUGCUGUGCUUUGGUGCUCCAGCCAGUUUAUUGUUAAACUUCUUCACUGUGUUCGUUUGCUACUUGGGUGACGACGACCCCCCCCCCCCCUUUCCCUCCCCCUUUCCCUCCCCCUUUCCCUCCCCUGAGGUAUCCGAUGAGCGGCUGUCCUGGUUGAGCGCAGCAGGGCACCGACUCGACAGUUUUGCGAGAGAAAAACCUGGCCGGAAGCUGAACUGGUAGUCUUUGUGAAGACUAGGUGCUUUUGGUGCAGCUUCCUACUGAAAACAUGAACAAACCCCCGGCUGUUGGCGGGAGGCAGGGAGGCCGUUUAGUUCUCAGACUACCUGCUCCAGUGCACUGCAGACCCGACAACGCUGUUCUCAUUCUCGCCUCCCUCCGUGUUGAAACUGGAGACCCAUCCUUUUCGUCGGGCUCUGAUGUCAAACGUCGCUUUUUUUUUUUCCCCCUUCGUGCACACUCGGAACAGAUGCAGGGCUGCGAAUGUGUCUGAAUGAACAGAUCGGUGAUGAGUGUUUGUGUGAGACCAACCUUAAAGCCCUACUUCUUUCAACUUGUCCCACGUUGUUAAACAAUAAAAAAAAAAAAAUUAUGUUGUGUUUGCCAGACGGUUCUAAUGUAAAUCCUGGUGCUGCACCGGGGUGUUUCCUGGCCAUUGAGAGAGUGUUAGGGUUCAUGUACAGUAGUUUAAUUGUUAAAAAAGGUACAAAUUUUUUCAGAUCGACUGCUGAUUUUUUUUUUUUUUAAGUCAACCCCCCCUCCCCCAUUUCCUUCCUAAAGGUUUGAAAACAGGGUUUCCUGAGGCAUGCUAGCCAGUGACCUCUGACCUUUUUUUUUUUUUGUGAUUAGAGGGGGGGGAUGAAGAGAGCCACGUCAGUAAAGGGGCGACAGACGCCCCCUCAAGCCUCCGCUCUCCUAUUUUUGCUUUAAAUCUCUUUGUAUGCAGAACCAAAAUGUAAAACGUCAGCAAACGUAGGUUUCAGGCCUAACCUGUGUGUGUGUAUAUACCCUGGAUACAAUCAUCGGGAUCUUGUUUUUCAAAAGCAAACGACUUAAUUGAAGAUAAGUGUAGUUUCUAAAGAACAUGUAUCAUUAUUUGUAAGUUAACCAUCUGCAUGUCUUCAAGCCACCUGGCAUUAGCUAAUAAUUUUUAAGAUAAAAAAGAAAAAAAAACUUUUUACACGUUUUAUUUUUUACAAUUUAUUUGCUUACCUAAAUAUCCCAGACAAUAAUGUGACCCUUUUUAUUACUUCAAAUUUAUUUUUAUUUUCCAUUUUUUAUUUUCUUUAUUUCCUGUGUACUACAUAUAGGCAAUUUAUAACAAAAUGAGAAAAUUAUUGAAGAAAUUUUAAAAUUGAAAUAUAUUUUAUUUGAAAGUUUAUGGACCUUUUAACCGUGAGCCGGGAAAAAAUUGUAUAAUCGUAUAAUUUGAGCUGACUUGACGGUUAUGAGAAAUGUAUCAAGAGUUUUAUUUUUUAUGCUUCUUUAAUAAAGUCUUGUUUUUGGUUUCAUUUUUUUACUGUUAAAUAAGAA